ACUCCUGUUGAUCAAAUUUCUGGUAAUUGCGUUAAAGAUUUAAGGCCUGUACAAACCCUGAGUCACGUUGUGACUGGAGAAGGGGGAGAAGAUGAUGAUGAUGAUGUAGAUGAUUUAACAGUUGAAGAGGUGAAGAGAUAUUGGACAUCUGUUUUUAGAGAGGAAGUACCCAACACUGUUUCUGAAAGUGCGGAGCCCUCUUUGAGAAUUGAGUUCCUUGAUGGUUCAUAUGGCAAGGACUUGGAAGAAUCAUCUGACUUUUUGGUAAUGGAAGCUGGUACUAUGGGAAUGAAUAAGCAAGGAGAAACCGAACCACGAAAGCAGUGUGGAAGUGGUUCAGCAGUUGCAGAUCAGAACAAGACAGUACCAGACCUUUUGCCAAGAGAAACUGUAGGCACGGUGAGAAAGUCAUCUUGUAAUUUAAGUUCCACAGCUGACACUCAGUAUUUUUUCCCUUUUCCUCUUGACAGAAAUCCUGUUCUUCUAAAUAAAUUUCUCAAGGUAAAAUUUGAGUGGUGUUUGUGCAAUAUACUUAAACUAAAGACUACAAGAAGCUCCUGUAAACUAUCUGAGAAGAUUUCUAACCCCGCUGAACUAAUGAGCAACAAAUAUCUCCUUGAGGCACAGCUGCAGGAAACCAAUAAAUAGUCACAAGAACUGGACAGUGUCUGCAAUAGCCAGAGUUUGGUUUUGCCUGUAAUUACAAAGUCUUCAGUAUUACCGGAUGUAGCCAAAAGACAGAAAUAUGUUUCAAUGCAGUAUUGGGGACUUGAAGGUUUCUUUGUUGUUGGUGCAAACCCUAAACAAGUGAUACUUGAAGCACGUUCUUCACUGCGUGCUGACUCUAGCCCUGUGGACAGCAGUAUCUUGUUUCCAGGAGAUGGAAAGUGGGUUACUGAAAGGAGCUUAAGUGAAUAUGCUGAUGACUCUCUAGUUCAAGGUGUCUUAGAAAGUUGGUUGAGUAGACCUUCGGGUGGUUUGGAGACUCAAAAUAGAAUUUCUCCCCUGAUGGGAGGAUAUCAACAGUUUUGAGGGAAUGUUUCUAGAAGACCUUGGUCAACAAAUAUGCUGCACUUUAAACUGACUGAAAAUUGUUCAACAAACACACAGCCAAGACCAAAGACUUCACCUGUGCGUGUGUUUAGACUUGAUACUGAGGUAUCAAAACACAAGUGCCCUGAUGUAACUGAACAAGAUGAGUAUCUUUGGGAAUAUAUUGCAGAUCAAGAAGCCCUACUUAGUCUGGAAAAAGAAUUACAAAGUUACACAGGUCCUGAAAAAUGUUACAGCUUAACUUCUGUAGAUGUAAGCUCCGCCAGCAGACACUCAGUGAAGAUAUAUAGAAAUAGUACAGGUUUCCAUAAAAACCUGGAGCUAAAAGACCACAGCAGAGUUGAUACUCACAAGGGCUGGGAUGAAAGCCAAACGGAUGAUGAGGAGGAAAUUUUGGAGGAUAAGCAACAGGUUCUUGCAUUACAGUGA